CGCUUACACAAGCCCUUGUGUAAGGAGGCUGCGUUGAAGUUGUGUAAGGAGCGAAAAACACUGCAUUAAAAUAGGAAACCGCACACAUUUCCCUGUUAUUUUUUCUAGUAAGUUCACAUACUGAAAAAUCUGAGAGCCUGGAGAUGAGGAUGUGGUGGGCGUGUCUUCUCGCUCUGGGACUGUUUGCUGUCUCUCAUGCUCAGCCCAUGUUCUCUGUCACCACGGAUACAGUUCUGCCUCCUGAUGCCCUUCACAACCCCACCCAGCUGAAUUAUGGGAUGGCGGUGACAGAUGUAGAUGGAGACGGGGAUCUGGAGGUGGUGGUGGCCGGGUAUAACGGCCCAAACCUUGUUCUGAAGUAUAACCUCAACCAAAACAAACUGCUGAACAUCGCGGUGGAUGAUCACAGCUCUCCAUACUUCGCCCUGAGAGACCCAGCGGGAAACGCCAUCGGAGUGACGGCCUGCGAUGUGGACGGCGACGGCCGAGAGGAGAUCUACUUCCUUAACACCAACAACGCCUUCUCAGGUCGAGCGACGUACGCGGACAAACUGUUCAAGUUUCGUAACGGCCGUUUCGAGGAUCUGCUGAGCGAUGACAUCAACAUUCGGAGAGGAGUAGCCAAUCACAUGGCAGGACGCUCCGUAGCUUGUGUUGACAGAAAGGGAACGGGUCGCUACUCGAUUUACGUGGCGAACUACGCCAGUGGGAAUGUGGGACCUCAUGCGCUCAUAGAGAUGGAUGAAGCCAGCAGUGAUGUUGAAAAAGGCAUCAUUGCUCUGACUAAUGUCGCACCACAAGUCAACGUCAAUAAGUACACAGGUGGCCGUGGUGUAGUCGUCGGUCCCAUCCUCAGCGAUGCAAGAUCUGACAUUUUCUGCGACAAUGAAAACGGGCCAAACUUUCUGUUCAAGAACAACGGAGACGGAAGCUUCAGCGACGUGGCGUCAGCGGCAGGAGUGGAGGACAGAUAUCAGCACGGGAGAGGAGUAGCGCUGGCCGACUUUAACGGCGACGGAAAGACGGAUAUAGUUUACGGCAACUGGAACGGCCCACACCGCCUGUACCUGCAGGACAGCCAGGAGAGAUUCAAGGACGUCGCCACAAAGGCCUUCGCCACUCCGUCGCCCAUUCGCACCAUCAUCGCUGCCGACUUCGACAAUGAUCUUCAGCUUGAAGUGUUCUUUAAUAACAUCGCCUACCAAGGACAAGCCCCAAACAGAAUCUUCAGGGUGUCGAGGAGGCUGAACUCUGACCCGGUCAUCACUGAACUGGAUGUGGGCGAAGCCGCUGAGCCUCAGGGGAGGGGCACGGGAGCCACAAUAACAGAUUUUGAUGGAGACGGUCUGCUGGAUCUGCUGGUGGCUCAUGGUGAAAGCGCUUCUCAGCCCAUCUCUGUGUUUAAGGUCAACCAGGGCUCCAGUAAUAAUUGGCUGCGUGUGAUUCCUCGCACACGUUUCGGGGCAUUUGCAAGAGGAGCGAAAGUUGUGAUGUUCACCAAACACAGCGGCUCACACACCCGCAUCAUUGAUGGAGGAUCGGGAUAUCUGUGCGAGAUGGAGCCGGUGGCGCACUUUGGUUUAGGGACUGAUGAGGCCACCAGCAUUGAAGUCUAUUGGCCGGAUGGUCGCUCCAUUGCUCGACCACUUGAGUCAGCAGAUAUGAACACAGUCAUUGAGAUCGCAUAUCCUAAUGAGGGGGAGGAGUCAGCGCUCACAUCUGACACACAGGUAUGGGUGCAUGCAAAGGAGGAGGAGGAGUCAGAACACACUUUACACAAGCAGUGUGGAGAGGGAUUCACAGUCAACACCAACGGCCGCUGUACUGCUCUUAUCUCCAGCUCUGAAAGCAGCGUCUCUUCUUCUUCUCCACCUGCUCUAGUUUUCAUCUUCCUGAGCUUCUCCUUGUCUCUUCAGUGAGUGUCUCUGGAGGUGGCCUUUCUGUUCAGCUCAGUCCCACUGGAUCUAUUAGAUUCGCUCUGUCAACAUGAUGAAGAGCUCAGCGUGUCCAGAUGAAGCAUAAAUAAUAAGAGAAGAAAAUCCACAGUCGUUCUUAUGGACCUCCAGAGAACUGACCGAAAAACACAGAGCUGCUGUGGAGUCUUGCUGCAUGAGUGCUUGUCUCUAUUAAGAGAAGAAUGUCAGUGAAAAAAGUUAAAAGCUGGAUGAAAUCCCAGUUGUACCAUGUAAAUACAAUAUAGGUUAUGCCAAAAAGCUACUUUCUUACCUUAAAGUCUGUGGGAAAUCAUACAUUGACAAUGUUUAUUUUCAACCCAGACUCAUUAUAGAUGCAUACCCCUGUGUACAUUUCUGAAGAGUGUGAAAUAUGUCCCAGGAGCUACAUUUUUUGCAGUUUUUGGUUUUGCAGAUCCACCAUAGGCCGAUGUGUACACUUUUUCAGCUCUCCCCCCUACAGAGCGCUAUCAACUGACUGACUGUCCGAUCCCCCAUCCAACGCCUUCCCUAAACCCAACCGAUAGUGUUUUCUUAAAAAGCACCAAUUGACCCGAUCACCCCCUUCCCUAAUUCCAACCGUCAGUGUUUUUCAAAAGCAAUCCAGAACAAGAAAAUCCCUUGCGGCCGGCUGAUUUUUACCAUGUUUUCAGAUUUUUCCACUUUUUCACCCUGGUAUUU